GAACUGUCUAAACACCACAAAAAUGAAUCAAAUGGCAGAAAGAUCAAUACAAAUAAAAGUUUUAACUGGAUGAUCUAGACAAUAAAUCAAUAUAUAGAUUUAAACUUGGAUUUAUGGUUUAUGAGAUUUCAAAAAAACCUUGUGAGAUCUAUACUGAACACAGUUAGCUUGCACCGCAAAAUCUCUCUUUGCUCUUUCUCUCUUUGACCGCUAUUGUCAUUGGCAAAACACCUGAACAUUGGCACGACCUCUAGAAUAUUUUUUUAAUAAUUGAAUAGUGUAAGAAUGUUAAAAAUGAAUUGAACAGGAUUCAACAUUGAAAACUCUAUUCGGUGUUUUUAUAUUCUAUUUUAUUCAUUUAUAAUAAGUUUAGUAUAAUAAAUCUAGAACUCGUUAAUAAUUGAAUGAGGAAGGCUUUGACCAAAAGAUGAAUAAUGUAAAAUUUUCUAACUUAUUUGGAUAAAGAUUUUUCUCCAUGUGUAUUCUAUUACGUUCAAGGAUACUGUUCUGUUAUUCUGGAAGAGUAAUUUCUUCUCUGCCUGAUCGUUUAAUAUUCCAUUGUCUCUAUCACUUUAUUCCUAUAGCUACUUCCAUUUAAUAGUCUAAUUGUUUAUUAGAAACCAGUCUAAACUUAUUUAUAGUUCUUUUAUUAUGAAAGCUAUUUUCAUAACAAUAGCUGCUUACUUUAAAUCAUAAACUGGAUAUACAGGCUUGUCCUGCUGCCUGCAAGGUUGAAUGCCUGAAAAAUAUCAAUUUCCCGUAAGAAUCCAAGUAAAUAUCUGAACUCCUCCCACUUUUCUAUAUUGACAAAGAUAGAGGGCCAGUGACAUAUUAAUGGCCAUACCAUACCUAUUAAUUGCUAGUUUAUGUUGCACAUUUUUAGUCACAAGUUCUCUCAAUUAAAUUAUCAAAAUGUGUGAUGAUGAUACUUCAGCUCUGGUUUCGUUAAAGCUGGCUUUGCUGGUGAUAAAGAACCCCAAGCAGUUUUUCCCUCCCUUGUUGGUAGACCAAAACAUUCUACUAUCAUCAACGGAAAAGAUUGUUAUGUUGGAGAUCAAGCACAAUCAAGGAGAGAUGUCCUACAUCUUAAAUAUCCAGUAGAACAUGGCAUUGUUACCAAUUGGGAUGAUAUGGAGAAAUUAUGGCACUAUACUUUCUACGAUAAACUUCGUAUUUCACCUGAAGAACACGCUAUUUUACUGACAGAAGCCCCCUUAAACCCAAAAGCUAAUCGUGAAAAAAUGACACAAAUAAUGUUUGAAACAUUCUCCAGCCCAUCUAUGUAUGUAUGUAUCCAAGCUGUACUUGCCCUGUAUGGGUCAGGAAGAACAACUGGAGUGGUUUUCGAUUCUGGCUAUGGUGUUAGCCAUACUGUCCCAGUCUAUGAAGGUUAUGCCCUUCCUCAUGCCAUUUUGCGUAUUGAUAUGGCUGGAAAGGAUUUGACCGAUUACUUGAUGAAACUACUUACUGAAAAAGGUUAUGUCUUCACCACUUCAGCUGAGAAGCAAAUUGUAAAAGAUAUCAAGGAAAAAUUAGGCUAUGUGGCACUUGAUUUUGAGGAAGCAAUGAGAGAGGAUGAUUCAUCUGUUGAAAUGAAGUACAAAUUGCCUGAUGGACAAGAAAUAACAAUUGGAAAAGAGGCAUUUCGUUGUCCUGAAAGCCUAUUCCAACCUGCCUUUUUAGGAAUGGAAUCAGCUGGUAUACACGAAACACUUUACAAUUCUGUAAUGAAAUGCGACGUUGACAUCAGAAAGAUUUUGUAUGCUAAUACAGUAUUGACUGGAGGUAGUAGCAUGUUUAGAGGUAUUGAAGACAGGCUGCAUAAAGAGAUAACGAGUUUAGCUCCACCUACAAUGACCGUUAAAAUUAUUGCACCGCCUGACAGAAAAUUUUCUGUAUGGAAUGGAGGUUCCAGCCUUGCAGCUUUGUCUACUUUCCAACAAAUGUGGAUCACCAAGAGUGAUUAUGACGAAUCUGGGCCAUCCAUUGUACACAGAAAGUGCUUUUAA